AAUGCUCUAAUUGGUCACUGUACUGGACUAAAACUUUCAGUUGGCCUACCGAGCCAAAAUGGUUUUCAUUUAAAUAACAAAGCAUAUAAUCACUUACAAUCACAUAAUUAACCUUAACACAAUUUUCAGCGUCGUUAAUCUAUUGUUUGACUCUAACGGGAGGCAUUAAAUCUCAGUUUUCUUGUGCCACGUAGCACCCGACCCGCUUGCUUUUACCCGACCCGUUAUUAAACCCACCCAUUUUAAUAAAACCCGUCCCGAUCCCCACCCUAAUUACAUAUAUCCGUUACAAUAUUUGAGCGCGCUAUCGGUGACCUAGCUGAAGCAAAGGGGGAUUCGCUCAAUCGAGGUGCGGAAUCGGAGUUUGUGAUCAUAUAAUCAAAGAUCGAGCUGGUGGAGAUGGAUUUCGCGUCAUUGUGGAACCCCGAGCUACUGGACAUGAACGAUCCAAAGAAUCGUGAAGGAAAUUAGGGCUAAGGCUAGUGAGGUUGUAGGAGAUGAGGAUACAAUUUACUACAUGAAAGAUGGGGUAACUCCAGAUAAAGGGUAUGAGUCACUGAUUUCUGAUGAACACAUUGAAAGGGUGGUUAGGGUUUCAAGAUACACUGGAGUGGUAAAACUACAUGCGUAUCAUGCUUAUCAAGGUCCAAGUCUAGGGUUCACAAUAGCUGGAUCUGAAGAGGGGGGGUUGUUUGUAAUGAGGGAGGUAGCAAUGUUGGUGAUAGAAUAGAUGGGGGGGGGAGUCUAUAUUUGAUAUAUUUAAGGAGGGAUAUGAGCUUGAGGAUGUUGGAGGUGUUUGUAAUAACCCAACCAGUGCUGAUAUGAAAAACAAGAUUCAAAAGAUUCUAUGUUUGCUAUGAUGGAUUGAAAAAGGCAUGGAAAACUGGAUGUAGACCCAUUCUAGGGCUUGAUGGCUGUUUUCUAAAAACAGUCUGUGGUGGCCAACUGCUUAGUGCAGUUGGAAGGGAUGGAAACAACUGCAUCCUCCCAGUGGCUAUGGCAGUGGUGGAAACUGAGAGCUAUGAUAGCUGGAGCUGGUUUCUCAUGUUGUUGGUGGAUGACCUGAGCUUAGGAGAUGGAUAUGGCUACACUUUGAUAUCUGACCAGCAAAAGGGAUUAGACAAGGCUGUUAAGGAGUUGCUGCCACAUGUGGAGCACAGAAAUUGCACCAGGCACAUUUAUGCCAACCUGAAGAAGAAGUUCCCCUCAGCAGCUGUAAGAAAUGCCUUCUGGGAAGCAGCCAUGGCCACUCAUCCACAAGCACACAAGUCUGCAAUGAAGGAUUUGGCCAAAGCAUCUAAGAAAGCAGCUGAGAGGUUAGAAGAAUUUGAUCCCAAGGUUUGGUCAAAGGCCUUUUUUGCUACUCAUUUUAAAACUGAUAGUACUGAGAACAACAUGUCAGAAUGCUUUAAUUCUUGGAUUUUAAAAACAAGAUUUAUGCCUAUAUGUGACAUGCUAACUGAGAUACAUGACUUGAUUAUGGAGAGGAUGCAUCAAAAAAGAGAUGCAAUGGUUGAUGUUGAUUGCAUAAUAUUGCCUAAAAUUAAGCAAAUUUUAGAUGCAAACAUAAAUGAAAGUGCUGAGUGUUCUGGUUUGUGGGAUGGGAAGCAAAAUUUUCAAGUUAAGUGGAAGGAAACUUAUAUGAAGACCUAUGAACAUGGCUUGGAGGUGUUGAGGGGAGAGCCAUUUUGGGAAGAAGCUGAAGGGGAUGAAAUUCUUCCACCACCAAUGAUGAAAAAACUGAGGGGGAGGCCCAAAAAACAAAGAAGAAGGGAAGGCUGGGAAGGUGCAGUUAAGAAGGGGAAGGGCAAAUUCAACAGCAUGACUAGAUUGGGAAGGGUCAUGCACUGUACAAUCUGCAGGGAGAGGGGGCACAACAGAGGGAACUGUCCAAACAAGCCAGAGGGCUAUGUAGAACAAGCUAGGCAGAAGAGGGGUGGGAAGAGAAAGGUUACAACUGAGGAUGAUUUGGAGGUUGAACAUGAGCUGGAAAGAAAUGAGGAAGAGGCUAUGACUGGGGAAUGGAGGAAGCACUUAGAAUGAGUGCAGAGGAGCUAUUCACACCACCCCCACCAUCCAGUCAACAACCAACACAGGUUCCAGCAAACUCUCCUUCAGACCCUAUAAAUGCAGCUUGGGGGGGGGGGGGGGGUGAAGCUACAGGGGGCAGUCAACAGACCAAAAAGAAGAGGGCCAAGCCUUUUGUUCAUCCAAGAAAGAAACUUUAGUUUAUCUCAGUGGGAAUCUUUAAAGACUUGUUUUCUAUGAAACUUUUGUAUUAUUUAUGCACUGUAGUCAGUCAUGGACCAUGACUUUGUUUAACUGCGCAUUUACAUUUGCUAGCUGGAUUCUUGAUUUGAAUGGCAUGUGCUGCUUUUG